AUGUACUCUGCCGCUUCAAAAAGCUGUUUUAACAUCCGAGAGCCGGCCGCUAGAGGGACACACUCUGCUGGCAUUGUUCGGCGAUUAGAAAAGGUCAUUUCUCGUCGAAUGAAUAGCUGCCCGACGGGUCAUCAAGACUGUAAGCGGUAG